CUAUCUCUCAGUCGUCCUGAGCUCACUGAAGGGUUCCUGCUUGGCUUGCUUAUGAACUUUUGCUUGUGGAGUUGAAAAAUAUCUGCAAAUGUCAAGUUUACUUAAUUCCUCAAUAAACGGGUCUAACUCGAAUUUGUCAGACGGUUCAGGGAGAACGUUUACUUCUUCUUUCUCCGGUCAGUCUGGGGCAGCUUCUCCAGCUUUCCAUCAUGCUGGAUCUAUUCAGGGCCUUCAUAAUAUACAUGGAAACUUUAAUGUUCCCAACUUGGCGGGAAGUCUUGGAUCCAGAAAUUCAAGUCUAAACGGUGUUCCUUCUGCUGGUGUCCAACAACAAAAUGGAAGUAUUUCGAAUGGAAGAUUUGCAUCCAGUAAUAUUCCGGUUGCACUCUCUCAGAUAUCUCAUGGUAGCUCCCAUGGACACUCAGGACUCACUAAUAGGGGAGGAUUGGGAGUUUCUCCAAUUUUGGGAAAUGCAGGUUCUCGAAUGACGAGUUCUAUGGGGAAUAUGGUUGGUGGAGGCACAAUGGGUAGGACUUUGAGCUCUGGUGGAGGAUUAUCGAUUCCGAGUCUUGGUUCGCGGCUAAAUCUGGCAGUAAAUAGCGGAUCCGGAAAUAUUGGACAAAAUCGCAUGAUGGGUGGGGUCUUGCCACAAGGAUCUCCGCAGGUUCUUUCGAUGCUAGGAAAUUCUUACCCUUCAGCUGGAGGACUUUCCCAAAAUCAUGUUCAAGCAAUGAACAGUCUAAGCUCUAUGGGGUUGCUGAAUGAUAUGAACUCCAACGACACUUCUCCGUUUGAUAUUAAUAAUGAUUUUCCUCAGCUCACAAGCCGCCCCACCUCUGCCGGCGGUCAAGGACAAUUGGGGUCUCGAUUGAAACAAGGCCUUGGAAUCAGCCCUAUAGUUCAGCAAAACCAAGAGUUCAGCAUCCAAAAUGAAGAUUUUCCAGCAUUGCCAGGAUAUAAAGGUAGUAAUGCUGAUUAUCCAAUGGAUUUGCAUCAUAAAGAACAACUCCAUGAGAACUCAGUUUUAAUGAUGCAAUCUCAACAAUUAUCUAUGGGAAGGUCUGGUGGGUUUAACUUAGGUGGAGCAUAUACAUCACACCGUCCUCAACAACAGCAACAACAUGCUCAAGCUGUGAGUAGUAGUGGUGUUUCCUUACAUGGGUCUGACAUCUUCUCAUCUUCGCAUCCGUCUUACCACUCGCAGAUUGGUGGACCUCCGGGUAUUGGAUUAAGAUCUAUGAAUUCUGCAAAUUCUGUCACUGGGAUGGGUACUUAUGACCAGCAGCUCAUCCAGCAAUAUCAGCAACAACAGAACACAUCCCAGUAUCGCUUGCAGCAGAUGUCAGCUGUUAGCCAACCUUUCAGAGAUGGGGGAUUAAAACCAAUGCAGGCGACACAGUCAAAUCCUGAUCGGUUUGGCUUGCUCGGUUUGCUCAGUGUGAUAAAGUUGAGCGACCCUGACUUGACGUCUUUGGCCCUUGGUAUUGAUCUGACAACACUGGGGUUAAAUUUGAACUCAACAGAAAAUCUUCAUAAGACUUUUGGCUCGCCUUGGUCCAAUGAACCCUCUAAAGGUGAUCCAGAAUUCAGUGUACCGCAGUGUUACUACGCAAAAAACCCUCCACCUCUACAUCAAGGGCUCUUUGCAAAAUUAUUGGUAGAAACAUUGUUUUACGUAUUCUAUAGCAUGCCGAAAGAUGAGGCGCAACUAUAUGCGGCAAAUGAACUUUACAAUAGGGGUUGGUUCUACCACAAAGAACACAGGUUGUGGUUCAUUAGAAUCGGAGAACCUCUCGUGAAAACAAAUGUAUAUGAAAGAGGAUCAUAUCACUGUUUUGAUCCAAACUCAUUUGAGAUCGUUCAAAAGGAAAAUUUUGUUCUCUAUUACGAGAUGCUGGAAAAAAGACCAUCCCUAUCUCAAGAUUCUCAACAUUGAGUGUAAACUUUGCCGCCUUCAGUAUUAUAAUGUAACUUUCCUACCAAAGUAUCCAUUGGUUAGGAAAUCCAUAGAACAGGAACCAGUAUCCAACAUGUAUCUUUCUCGGAUUUUAGAUUUUUGGUUUAUUUAACUCCUGGUAACUUUUGUUGUUCAUAUAUAGCUGAAAUUUCUUCAAGCUAUAGAUUAAACAAUGCAUAUUUCU